CUGGCGCCAUGGGGACAGCCUCGUCCCUGGUGAGCCCCGCGGGCGGAGAGGUGAUCGAGGACACUUACGGGGCUGGCGGCGGCGAGGCCUGCGAGAUCCCGGUAGAGGUGAAGCCCAAGGCCCGCCUGCUGCGCAACUCGUUCCGCCGGGGGGCGGGGGUGGCGGCGGCGGCCGGGCCCGGGUCACUGCCCCGCGCGGCGGGCAGCGGCGGGCUACUGGGCGCCAGCUUCAAGUCCACCGGCUCGUCGGUGCCGGAGCUGGAGUACUCAGCGGCCGAGUACGAGCGGCUCAAGAAAGAGUACGAGAUCUUCCGGGUCAGCAAGAACCAGGAGUUGUUGUCCAUGGGCCGCCGCGAGGCCAAGCUGGACACCGAGAACAAGCGGCUGCGGGCCGAGCUGCAGGCACUCCAGAAAACUUAUCAGAAGAUACUUCGAGAAAAAGAAAGUGCUUUAGAAGCAAAAUACCAAGCAAUGGAGAGAGCAGCUACAUUUGAACAUGACAGAGAUAAAGUUAAGCGGCAAUUCAAGAUUUUUAGAGAGACCAAAGAAAAUGAAAUUCAGGACUUAUUGAGGGCCAAGCGAGAGCUGGAGAGCAAACUUCAGAGGCUACAGGCUCAGGGGAUCCAAGUAUUUGAUCCUGGGGAGUCUGAUUCAGAUGACAACUGUACAGAUAUUACUGCUGCUGGAACCCAGUGUGAAUACUGGAGUGGUGGGGCCUUGGGCAGUGAGCCCUCCAUAGGGAGCUUGAUCCAGCUUCAACAGUCCUUCAGAGGGCCGGAGUUCGCCCACAGUUCCAUAGAUGUGGAGGGACCCUUUGCAAAUGUCAACAGAGAUGACUGGGAUGUCGCCGUAGCUAGUUUAUUACAGGUGACUCCCUUGUUUUCACAUUCUCUAUGGAGUAACACUGUCAGAUGUUACCUCAUGUACACAGAAGAAACCCAGCCUGAAAUGGAUCUUUUCCUGAAGGACUAUUCACCUAAACUUAAAAGAAUGUGCGAGACAAUGGGAUAUUUUUUCCAUGCUGUUUAUUUUCCAAUAGACGUUGAAAAUCAAUACCUCACUAUAAGAAAAUGGGAAAUUGAGAAGAGUUCCUUAGUUAUUUUAUUCAUCCACUCAACUUUACCAAGCCUUUUAUUGGAAGACUGUGAAGAAGCCUUUCUGAAAAACCCUGAAGGAAAACCACGGUUAGUUUAUCACCGUCUGGAGGAUGGGAAAGUCAGUUCCGACUCUGUCCAGCGAUUGAUCGAUCAAGUUUCUAACCUCAACAAGGCCAACAAAGCCAAGUUCAUUGAUCACUCAGGAGAUCCUGCAGAGGGAGUAUAUAAAACUUAUAUUUGUGUGGAAAAGAUCAUUAAACAGGAUAUACUAGGCUUUGAGAACACAGACCUGGAGACUAAGGAUUUGGGAAGUGAUGAUUCCCUUCCAGAAGAAGAUGAUUUUGGGGAUGUUCUGUGGGACAUACACGAUGAACAAGAGCAAAUGGAAACCUUUCAGCAGGCUUCUAAUUCAGCCCAUGAGUUAGGAUUUGAGAAAUAUUACCAACGCCUCAAUGAUCUGGUGGCAGCACCAGCCCCGAUUCCACCCCUUCUGGUGUCUGGAGGACCAGGUUCUGGAAAGUCCCUUCUUUUAUCAAAGUGGAUUCAAUUGCAGCAGAAGAAUUCCCCGAACAUGCUGAUCCUUUCUCAUUUUGUGGGGAGGCCCAUGUCCACCAGUUCAGAGUCCUCCUUGAUUAUUAAACGCCUGACRCUAAAGUUGAUGCAGCACUCUUGGUCUGUGUCAGCGCUAACUUUGGAUCCCGCUAAGCUCCUGGAAGAAUUUCCACGUUGGCUAGAGAAACUCUCCGCUCGUCAUCAGGGAAGCAUCAUCAUCGUUAUUGAUUCCAUAGAUCAAGUUCAGCAAGUUGAGAAACACAUGAAAUGGCUGAUAGACCCACUGCCAGUGAACGUAAGAGUCAUAGUUUCUGUAAACGUGGAAACUUGCCCUGCAGCAUGGAGGUUGUGGCCUACACUUCAUCUUGAUCCUUUAAAUCCAAAAGAUGCAAAAUCGAUUAUAAUUGCAGAAUGCCACUCUGUAGACAUUAAACUGAGCAAAGAGCAGGAGAAGAAACUGGAACGACAUUGUCGUUCUGCUACAACUUGCAAUGCCCUUUACAUCACCCUUUUUGGCAAAAUGAUGGCGCGUGCUGGGAGAGCAGGUGGUGUAGAUAAGAUCCUCCAUGAGUGUCUCCAGUGCCAGGACACUGUUUCAUUGUACAGGCUGGUUCUGCGCUCCAUCAAGGAGUCCAUGACAGAUGACACGGACAAAGAGCUAAUGAAACAGAUUCUCUGCCUUGUCAAUGUUAGUCACAAUGGCGUGAGUGAAUCAGAAUUGAUGGAACUCUAUCCUGAGAUGUCCUGGGCUGUCUUGACCUCCCUUAUUCACAGUUUACACAAAAUGUGUUUGUUGACAUAUGGUUGUGGCUUGCUCAGGUUUCAACAUCUCCAAGCUUGGGAAACAGUGAGACUGGAGUACAUGGACGGUCCUGCUACCAUUUCUUCAUAUAGGCAAAAGCUAAUUAGCUUUUUCACCUCACAGCUAAGCCAGGACAGAGUGACCUGGAGGAUUGCAGAUGAGCUCCCUUGGCUUUUGCAGCAGCAGGGAAGUAAACAGAAGCUGCAUGGUUGCCUCCUCAACCUCUUUGUAUCUCAGAACCUUUACAAAAGAGGACACUUUGCUGAGUUGCUGAGUUACUGGCAGUUUGUUGGCAAAGACAAGAGCGCAAUGGCAACAGAAUACUUUGACUCGUUGAAGCAAUAUGAGAAAAACUGCGAAGGAGAGGAGAACAUGAUUUGCCUCGCAGAUCUCUAUGAAACCCUGGGGCGAUUUCUCAAGGAUCUUGGCCUUCUCAGUCAGGCUGUGGUGCCUUUGCAGAGGUCUCUGGAAAUUCGAGAGACAGCUUUAGAUCCGGAUCACCCAAGAGUAGCCCAGUCCCUCCACCAACUGGCAAGUGUGUACGUGCAAUGGAAGAAGUUUGGCAAUGCAGAGCAACUGUAUAAACAGGCUUUGGAAAUCUCAGAAAAUGCUUAUGGUGCAGAUCAUCCUCACACUGCUCGUGAACUGGAGGCACUUGCAACUUUGUACCAGAAGCAAAACAAAUAUGAACAAGCUGAACAUUUUAGGAAAAAAUCCUUUAAGAUUCAUCAGAAAGCUACAAGGAGAAAAGGCAACUUGUAUGGAUUUGCCCUUCUACGCAGACGGGCCCUACAGUUAGAAGAGCUUACCUUAGGUAAGGACACACCUGAUAAUGCCCGGACCCUCAAUGAACUGGGUGUUCUCUACUAUCUUCAAAAUAACCUGGAAACCGCUGACCAGUUUCUGAAGCGUUCCUUAGAAAUGAGGGAGCGAGUUCUAGGACCAGAUCACCCAGACUGUGCCCAGUCUCUGAAUAAUCUGGCAGCUCUGUGCAAUGAAAAGAAACAGUAUGAAAAAGCAGAAGAGCUUUAUGAAAGAGCUUUAGAUAUUCGGAAACGAGCCUUGGCUCCCGAUCACCCUUCUUUGGCGUAUACAGUGAAGCACCUUGCAAUCUUGUAUAAGAAAACAGGGAAACUUGACAAAGCCGUACCUUUGUAUGAGUUGGCUGUUGAAAUUCGGCAGAAAUCCUUUGGCCCAAAGCACCCUAGCGUAGCAACGGCCUUGGUGAACUUAGCAGUUCUUUAUUGCCAAAUGAAAAAACACAUUGAAGCUUUGCCAUUAUAUGAAAGAGCGUUAAAGAUUUAUGAAGAUAGCCUGGGUCGGAUGCAUCCUCGAGUCGGAGAAACAUUAAAAAACUUAGCUGUGCUUAGCUACGAAGAAGGAGAUUUUGAAAAAGCUGCUGAACUGUACAAAAGGGCCAUGGAGAUAAAAGAAGCAGAAACAUCACUUUUGGGGGGGAAAGCUCCUUCAAGACAUUCAUCAAGUGGAGACACGUUCAGCUUAAAAACCACUCAUUCUCCUAACGUUUUUCUUCCUCAAGGACAAAGGUGACAGCAGCAAUUAUAGUUAUAUACCUUAGGAUAAAAUAAUUAUCAUUUGGAACAUUAGAAUUUAAAAUUUUUUUAAAAUGUUGGUAAGAAAAUUUAUUUUUACUACUCUAUGAUUUAACUGGUAUUUGUCUGGAAUUGGACUAUUUUUGAGUCGUAAUUUUAUCUGUUUAAGUUGAUUAAAAUAAUUACUUUUCCUAAUGUAUGGGAUCCAAGGGCACAGACACAUUCCCAUUCUAAGACUACGUGAGGAGUGGAUUGUGAGUAGAUGUGUCUCUGUUCACGGAGAGCUGGUGGGGAAUCAAGAACUCCAAGAUUAUUUUCGUCUCUCAAGAGCCACCUGAGCCUUUCCAGCCAUUCCUUGUUUCUCAGCAGUGGUCUGGCCUAAUCUUCUACCUCAAAGAAAACCAAUAAAGGGAUCAUGUUUAUGAAAUGUUUGAAUUGCGUUCAAAUUAAUCAUAGGAAUUCUUGAUUGCUGUGUUUUUCUUUUUUAUUCUGCCAUUUACCUUGACAGGCCAAUCACCCUCCUUUCUGUGUUCUCCACAUUAUGCAUUUUUCAUGACUGUGUUAUAUACAUCUGUAGUGUCUGGAGUCCUCUGUGCAGUAAUAACAGGCUAGAAUUCUUUAGUAUUCUUUGAUCUUGCCCCAAAGUGGACCUAGCAUUCUGUCAUCUUUCUUGAACAGCUGAACCUGUCUCAUUUACCUCAUACUCAAAUUCAUUUUUAUACUAAAAAUUAAAUAUUUUUAUAGAUUUUGUAAAUAUUGCCACAUUCGGAUGUUAUUUAUACCACUUAUGUAUUUAUACUCAGUAAAAUCUUCAUCAAUGUUAACAUUUGUGAGAUUCUAAUAUAUAUUAGUUGUAAAGGAAAAAUGUAAAAACCAUACUUCACUGUUUAAAAUAAAAGUACAAUUUACUUUCCCACUCUAGUUUAUAUAACAGAGCUACAUUUUGUAUACUUAAGAAAUACAUUGAAAAUUUGCUAAUAAAAAGACUUGAAUGUAAUCAAUAUUUAGUAGUUUGGUUAACUUGAAGAACUUCAGUGACUCUACAAGGGUCUUGGUUAAUGUUCUGUAAGGCGUUGCUGCUUACGCUGGGAUCCUAUUAAAUAUUUAGACUCUGCUGCCUUCUAAGUCAUAAUCUGCAUUUCAGCUUGAUCCCCAGGUAAUUUAUAUGCACUUAAGUGUGAGAAGCAUCGGUAAAACUCUGAGGCCUUAGAGUGGUCAUUUGAAAUAAAUUAGGCAGGAUCUUAAUAAGCAUCCUUAUUUCCCUUUUUGGGAGAGGUACAAGAGGGAAAAGAAAAUAUGACUGUAACAUAUCAUUCACCUUGCUGUGAAAGGUACAAAUGAUUGAAUUCACAAAUGUCAGAAAUUAAUUUUAGAAUUUAGCUACUGGAGCUUAAAAUCUGAUUUAGUAAUAUAAGUAAUGCAUUAUAAGUAUUAUGUUACAUGCCUAAAAAAAUUGCUUUAGGAAAUAAUGAGACCAGUAUUCUGGAAAAACCUUGAAAAAAAACUUAAUAUUUGUUUAUUCUUUGCUUCUCCAAAAUUUGAACUUGAAAAACAUACAAAAAAUAUUAAAAAUGUCUAUUAUUAUUCACAGUGACUUGAUGGCAAAAAUUAUAAUUUUGGCUGAGAAUGAUCACUUUAUGUAUUUAAAAAAUAAUUAAGUUUAAAUGUAAAAACUAUUUUGAUCUAUUUAUUGUAUUACUAACAAGCAUAUAUUUUCAUGAGAAUGUCUAAGAUAAACACAGCUAUAACAGAGAUCUUGUGUGUGUGUAUGUGUAUUUGAGGUUCUCCAAUAGGAAUAUUAUAUUCACAUUUAUACUUUGACAGUAGAAAAGAUAGCUUUCAAACAACUCAAUCAUAAAACUGAAUAGGUAGGAACCAAAUUUUGCUAUUCAUAAUUCAUCCAUCAAUGAAAAUGAAAUAGGAAAAACAAAACAGAAAAAAAACAUGAUCUGAGGAGUCAAAGCUUCCUUAAAUAUAUUCUUAAAAAGUACAGACUUUUCUGUAUUGGAUGGGCUAAGUAUCCAGGGAGUAUUUAUAAGAAAACCAUAAUACAUACAUUCUCUACUACAUAAAAAAAAUCUGAGCAGACCAUAUAUUAACUUUCCAUUAAUGAUGAUAAUAAAGAAAUGAAUGAGUGAUUUGUUAGAGUCUGCUAAGGCAGUAGUAUUGUUACUUCUUUUCCCUCUUUCGAAUUAGAAUCUCUAGUGUCUUCAAGUCUAACCAAAUACUCCGGGUUUAUUUAAUGCAAAAUUCUGUCAUGAUCAGUUCCUCAUAAUUGGCUGCCUACUUACACAAGUUUUCAUGGCACACAGACUGUCAAGAAAGCAUUCACUCCAAGUUGCAAAAGAUACCGUUUACCAUAUUUUUUCUGAUAAAAUAAUCCAAUAGUUUAUGAAAGGUAUUAGAACCCUCCCCCCCAAAUUAAAAUAAGAUAAGUAAAAUUUGGUGUAGUUAAGACAUCAGCCGUGAUGCUGUACCAGUAUAAGACCAGAUAAAGGUCUUCAGAUGGUGAAAUCUAAAUAUUUUAUCAAAUCAAACUUAGUAAUUUAUAAGUAAGACCUUACCAAAUUUAUGUACCAGUUUCUGAAGCAGAAUUAUUGUAGAAAGACCACAUUUCAUUUUAAAAAUCCAAAACAUCUUUAGUAACCAGAAGAGCUAUGCUAUAAUUCAAUGCACUAUUUUUUUUUUUUUUUUAAUGGUAAAAGACUCACCAAGGCAACAUAAGGAAGUUUUAAGGCUAGAAAAACCAUCCUCCUGGGGCUGGGGUUGUGGCUCAGUGGCAGAGCGCUUGCCUCGCACAUGUGAGACACUAGGUUCCA